AGUUGCAAGAGGGUGGGGUUUCAUCCUGCUUCUUGCCAUAAGAGCACAGAGCAGCCCACUGUCUGCCUGGUGCCUUUUGCAAUGGCGUCCAGGCAGAGAGGAGGUUCUGUGAGUUUCCCAAGCUGCUCUACGGCAGCCUGGAGGUCAUUUUAUCUCUUCUUCACUCUUGUGACUUCAGUGAAUUCAGUUGAUCUUCCUCAGUUGAACCCUCCCUCCCCAGGUAUUGUUACUUGCAAUGAAAAUGGACUAACAGUUCAGUUUUCAAGAAGCCUUGACAUCAAGAAAUGGCGAGCAUCUGUGGUGGAUCCCUUUGGUGUGGAAAUGAUGAACUGUACUUAUGUCCUGGACUCCGAAAUGCUCAUCCUGAAGGCCCCAUAUGAGACAUGUUCCAGGAGAGUGACUGGUGGGCACCAGAUGAACAUCAGAGUCAUGGAUAACAGUGCUGCUUCAAGAUCUGGGGAUGCCAUACACCAGUUUUUCUGCCCGGCUGUGCAAGUAGAAUUACACGAGCUUUCAGAAUCCACAGUCUGUAUGAAAGACUUCAUUUCUUUUUCCUUUCCACAAGUUCUUCGUGGCAUGGCCGAUGAUGCUGAGACAAACAAAUCCAGUAGAGGAUGGAUCAUUGAAGUUGGUGAUGUUUCAAGUGCACACAGUCUGACCCUGCAGGAAGCCCUAAGAGAAGGAUUUAAUCUCCUGAUUGACAGCCAAAAGAUGACCCUUCAUGUGCCCCUGAAUGCCACUGGAGUAACUCACUAUGUGCAAGGUAACAGUCAUCUCUACACGGCGCUUCUGAAGUUUUCAUUUGUGUCUCCUGGGCAGAAGAUCAUCUUCUCCUCACAAGCUAUUUGUGCAGCAGAUCUGUCUGUGUUGUGCAAUGCCACUCAUAUGACUCUUGGCAUACCAGAAUUUCCUGGGAAGCUGACAGCUGUGAGCAUUGAAAACAGGAACAUCCCUAUGAGUCAGCUGCGAGACAACGGGAUCGGUAUAGAAACAACAAAUGGCUUGAGACUACACUUCAGCAAAACUCUUCUCAAAACCAGAUUCUCUGAAAAGUGCCUACUCUAUCAGUUCUACUUAUCUUCACUCAAGCUGACCUUUUACUUUCAACUAGAUACAGUAUUCUUGGUGAUUGAUCCCGAGUGUCUCUGUGAGUCACCAGUUUCUGUAGUUACCGAAGAGCUAUGUACCCAAGAUGGGUUUAUGGACUUUGAGGUCCACAGCCACCAAACAAAGCCAGCUCUCAAUUUGGGUACCCUCAGAGUGGGGAGCUCAUCCUGCCAGCCUAUCUUCACAGCUCAGUCUGAGGAGUUGAUACGGUUUCACAUACCCCUGAAUGGAUGUGGGACAAAGCGUAAGUUUGAAGAUGAUAAAGUUAUCUAUGAAAAUGAAAUUCAUGCUCUUUGGAAAGAUCUUCCUCCAAGCAAAAUAUCCAGAGAUAGUGAAUUCAGAAUGACAGUGAAGUGCUAUUACAAAAGAGGUAACAUGCUUCUAAAUGCCAACAUCAAAAGUCUUCCGCCUCCAGUUGCCUCUGUGAAACCAGGUCCACUUAUGUUGAUCUUGCAAACCUACCCAGAUAAGUCCUACCAACAACCUUAUAAAGACAGUGAGUACCCGAUAGUGAGAUACCUCCGCCAACCAAUUUACAUGGAAAUUAGAGUCCUCAACAGGAAUGACCCCAACAUAAAGCUGGUGUUGGAUGACUGCUGGGCAACAUCCACUAUGGACCCAGCUUCUCUCCCUCAGUGGAAUAUUAUCGUGGAUGGCUGUGAAUACGACCUGGAUAACUACCAAACCACUUUCCAUCCAGCUGGCUCCUCCGUGACCCAUCCUCAACACUAUCAGAGGUUUGACGUGAAGACCUUUGCCUUUGUAUCAGAGGAUCAGGCACUCUCUACCCUGGUCUAUUUCCACUGCAGAGCUUUAGUCUGCAAUCAGCUCUCUCCCGACUCCCCUCUGUGUUCUGUGACCUGCCCUGCCUCAUCUAGGCACAGAAGAGCCACAGAGGCCACUGAAGGGGACAAAAUGACAGUCAGCCUCCCAGGACCCAUUCUCCUGUUUUCAGAUGACUCUUCGUUUAGAGAUGUCGUAGACACCAAAGGGUCCGGGAUUGCUGGAGAUGUUACUUCAAAAGCAGUGGCUGGUGGGGCUGCCUUAGUGGGCUUGGUGGUAACUCUAGGAUUUAUCUAUUACCUGCGUAAGAAAAGAACUGCAACCUUAAAUUGCUAAAUUGAAUUUGCAAAU